AUGAGUUCAAGGCAACAUUAUCAGCAGCAGCAACAACAUCAGCAACAGCAGAAGCAAGAACUCAAUCAAAAGCCAGCGCAAAGCAAUCCUGUUUCUCUAGAUGACGACUUUGGUUUCGACGAUGAUCUUGGAGACAUUAUUUUGGAUGACGACCUAUUCGACAUCGAAGACCCACCAAGUAAACCGCAGGAGACAACUACAGCAGCACAGUCAUCAACAUUAGGGUCUGGAUCAGGGAUAUCUGCAACUGGAACUGGGAAUGGUACCAAGGUUGACUCUGCAGCAGCCGUGGUGGUACCUCCACCCUUCAUUCCAAAAUCAAAGACCACUAUUGUCGUUAAGUCAUCCCAACGUGGAAACCCCUUGCUUCAGUUCAUCAGGAAUGUACCGUACGAAUACGGCGACAUAGUUCCGGAUUUCGUCGUAGGCUUGACAUCGUGCAUCAUUUUUCUGAGUAUUCGAUACCAUCGUCUGCAUCCAGAGUAUAUUUUUAGCCGGAUAGCUGCCCUCGGAAAGAGCUUUGUCCUCCGCGUCCUGUUGAUCCUCGUCGAUGUGGACACGCACCAGCAGGCGAUUCGCGAGUUGACAAGAGUGGCACUGGUGAACGAUUUCACGGUUAUCUGCGCAUGGAGUAAUGAAGAGGCAGCCCGUUACAUCGAGACAUACAAGGCAUAUGAGAACAAGGCGCCUGAUGCGAUCAAGGAACGAGUCGACAAUGAUUAUCUCUCGAAACUGACGGAUAGCUUGACCCAGAUCCAGUCCGUCAAUAAAACGGAUGUUAUUACGCUAUCAUCGACCUUUGGCUCUUUCAAGAACAUCAUGAACGCCUCUGCGGAGGACUUGGCAAUAUUGCCAGGUUUUGGAGAGCGAAAAUUGAAGCGGCUAAUGGAAGCGUUUGAUCAGCCAUUCGCAAUUGAUCCCAAGAAGAGGCGCCAACGGCGCGGAUAG